AUGGAGGGUCUUAUUCCGUUUGUGUACAAAGCUGUAAUGCAAUACAAGAAUGGGAAACAAGGGGCUAUCGGAUCAUGGCUUUGUGACUCACCUUCUUACUCAUACAUGAAACUUCCUGGCGAUUCGGGUCGGUUUCAAACCUCUGCUACUUCUCUCUUCGGGUCAGAUUCUGGACAUUCUUCAUCUUCUUCCAAACCUUCUUCUUCUUCUACAACUCAAAUCAUGGUUUCUUCCCGUGUUCAAUCCCCACCUUGUCGGUUGAAUUCACCUAGAAUUCCAACAUGA